UGGCUAGAUGGAAGCAGGGCCGGUGUACGUCACGGUGUGUACAUCCGCGCCCGCUUCACGGCUCUUGCCCAGGCAAAUCCCCGCCCUAUAUUCAAAAAAUACACCGAACUCUAACCCUCACAUCGGACACAAUCUCACAGGUUAGGAGUGGCUCAGAUACAGUGUUGGAAAAGUUCUGCUUCGUCUCGUUUAAAAUGUGUGGAAGAACAGCAUGCACUCUUGCUCCUGACGAGCUGAAACGAGCCUGCUCUUACAGAAACCGAAGGGGGCAGAGGAGACAGCCCCGCUGGAGGGAUGGAGACGCGGACAACUAUCGACCCUCCUACAAUAAGAACCCGCAGUCCAUGAGUCCCGUCCUGCUGUCACAGAGGCAUUUUGACAAGGAUGCUCCUGUGGAUGAGUGUGUGUUGGCCUCAAUGCGGUGGGGUCUGGUACCCUCAUGGUUUAAGGAGAGUGACCCCAGCAAGAUGCACUACAGUACCAGCAAUUGCCGCAGUGAGAAUAUAUUGCAGAAGAAGUCCUACAAGGACCCUAUGUUGAAAGGACAGCGCUGCGUCAUCCUAGCUGAUGGUUUCUAUGAGUGGCAAAAGGUUGAAAAAGGCAAGCAGCCUUUCUUCAUCUACUUCCCUCAGACUCAGCCAGGACCCAGCCAGGAGGAAAGAAAGAACUCGGACUCUGAGUCAGUGCGCCCUCCAGCCAAAGUCUCCUCUGGUUUGAUGAAGGGAGAAGCUGCAGGUGAGUGGACAGGAUGGAGGUUGCUGACUAUGGCAGGAGUGUUUGACUGUUGGACACCACCAGGAGGUGGAGAACCCCUUUACUCAUAUAGUGUAAUAACUGUGAAUGCUUCCCCAAAUCUGCAAAGCAUCCAUGAUAGGAUGCCAGCGAUCCUUGAUGGGGAGGAAGAGGUUAGGCGCUGGCUGGAUUUUGGGGAGGUGAAGUCUCUAGAAGCUCUCAAACUGCUCCAGUCAAAAAAUAUUUUGACUUUUCACCCCGUCUCUUCGUUAGUCAACAACACGCGCAACAACUCUCCAGAAUGCCUCCAACCAGUGGAUCUCAACAGCAAAAAGGAGCCCAAGUCCACAGCAAGCAGUAAGAUGAUGACAAGCUGGCUGUCGAGCAGUUCACCUUCAAAGAGGAAGUCCCACACAAGUGAAAGUAAAGAAGAGCGAGAAAGCAAGCCACAGAAUCAGCGCAAGUCUGCAGGAGGACUUCAGCAAUGGCUUCAGGGAACCAACAAGAAACCAAGAACAAAGUAAAUACAUGAACUGAGAACUCGAUAGUGUUUGAAAGACCAUUCAGGCCUUAUUGUACUCUGCUACUGUAUAAUUGUAUAAGAAAAAGUUCAUUUUUUACUUGUACUUAAGAAUAUUUUAAAUGUAAUUCAUUGUUCUAUAACAAUUUAAGAGUUCAUCAAUAAAUGUCAGACACAAUAAUGCUUUAUUCAAGGUUUUUUAUUACCCUUAUUACUUGAAACAAUGUAGAUGCUAUGCAUUAUCAUAUUAAUAAUAUAAUAAUGAUGAAUGCCAACACUCUCUCCCCCACAUUUGUCCUUCAGAGUUACAGUAUGUAUGUCAUCCUGUUUCAAAGUUUUAACAUAAUACGAACAGACAGUUAAAGAUCUGAUCAGUUAAAAGAAAUGUCAAGCACUUGAAUCGUAUGCCAACACGAGCAUCUGGCAGAGUCAGAUAUGGAGAUUUACAACACAACUUUAUGUCUUCCCCACACAAUGAUUGAGAGGUCUGCAAAUAUACAAAGUUGCAACAGUUGACAAUAAAAAGAAAUGUACUAGCUAAUAGUACUGGGUUAUGAAUGACAAUUUGUAUUUGAGAAAAAUCUCUCCUCUAGGACUAUCCGGUAGACUGACAUGCUGUCUUGAUUUGGUUCAUGUCAAAUGUUCUAUCUGGAAUUUUACAACCUUCAUUUCCCCGAUAGAGGAACAGCACUUGGACGCAGGAACUGAGUCUGUAUUCACACAAUGUUCUCGACCUGAGCUACAAUUAUGUUUAUUGUGGCUCCAAAAUGAGAUGGCUCCAAGUUUUCAGUUACCGAAGAUGAAAGCAAAAAAAAAAAAAAAAAA